AUGUCGCAAGAUACUGGGCUGUUCAGUAUCAAGCGCCCCCGAGAAACUCUCGGGAGUGUGCAAAACUUCUCCGCUAUUCCUCAACCACAAUCGGCGCUGAAGCGCGCAAGCUCUAUCGGGUUCCAAAACGCCCCGUACAGCUCUCAACAUCACCGAACCUCCCUGCUGGGCUCAACUGGUCGCCCACAACAGCCGAACUUUACGCGCAUGUCGAUUGGUGGACCAUACGGUGCUGAUGCCGGCCUUUCAUCCGUUCGCCGAUCUGUGUCGAGCAACAUGUUCGCGGGGGGUAGUGCUAGUCGGCAGAGCUACGCGCCGGGCUCUCUCUCCUCCAAUCCCGCACCUCCCAAUCCACAACGCAGGAGUAGUGUGUUCUCGCGUCCGUCUACUGGAGGAGGGCCGAUGGGACAUCAGUCAUUCUUCACUCAGGUCCCCACCGUAGCUGGUGUUCCCAGAGAUCCGCGCCCUCUCAGAGACCGCUCUUUCCAGGCGCGAAUUGGCCAAGAACUCUUGGAAUAUUUGACAAUUCAUGGAUUUGAGUUGGAAAUGAAGCAUUCUUUGGGACAAAACACCCUUCGCUCGCCCACUCAGAAGGAUUUCAACUACAUCUUCCAGUGGCUCUAUCACCGGAUUGAUCCGGGCUACAAGUUCCAAAAAGCGAUGGACGCUGAAGUACCGCCAAUUUUGAAGCAGCUACGAUACCCAUAUGAGAAAGGCAUCACAAAGUCGCAGAUCGCAGCGGUCGGCGGCCAGAAUUGGUCGACCUUCCUUGGGAUGCUGCAUUGGUUGAUGCAGUUAGCACAGAUGAUGGAUCGAUAUCAGACUGGCGAAUAUGACGAUGCAUGCGCUGAGGCGGGUGUUGAUGUCUCUGGCGAUCGCAUCAUUUUCCGCUUCCUCACUCAAGCCUACCACGAUUGGCUGCAGGGUGGAGAAGAUGAGGACGAUGACACUGCAGAAAAGCGUUUGAUCCCUCACGUGGAAAAUAUGUCCCGAGAGUUUGCCCAGGGCAACGAGCGGUAUAUGCAGGAAAUGGAGGCGCUAGAAGCAGAGAAUCGGGCUCUCCGUGACCAGAUUGAAGAAGUGGAAAAGAGUGCCCCGGACAUUGCCAAGCUGGAUAAGCACUUCCGCAUCUUGGAAGAUGACAAGAGGAAGUUCGAGGACUACAAUCAGAACGUCAAAGGGAAAAUUGAAAAAUACGAGACUCGUAUCAAAUUCCUCGAUGCAGAGAUCCAGAAAACCGAUGCCGAUCUCCAGGCUACUGAAUCCGAGCGGUCUGAACUCCAGGCAAGUGUUGAUCGGCAGGGUAUCACUAUCCAGGAUAUCGACCGUAUGAACUCGGAGCGAGAACGUCUGCAGAAGAGUCUUGAAGAUACCAUGGCUCGUCUUGAAGAGGCCCAUGCCCGUGUUAUGGAGAAGGAAGCGGAGGCCAGCCAGAAGCUGGAAGAUCUAGAACAGAUCGUGAAAGCCUACAAUACUCUGGGUUACCAGACCAGCUUGAUUCCUGCGGCGGCGGAAAACGCCAAGGGCCAAGACUAUGAGCUUACUCUCAAUAUCAACGAGAACAAUUUCUCUGCUAGUCAGAUCGGCGGUCCUCAAAGUCGUAUUUCUCCGGAGGGGGAUCGUCUACUGGCGGAACCUUUCACGGGCUACCACCCCGCGCACUUGCUCAACCUGGACCUUCGGGGCUCCGUCCGAAACAGCCUGCAGUCACUCCGGAAAGAAAUCAACGAACGACGGAAGCGAGGGAUCGAUGACGAUCUUGAGCGUCGCAAUCUCCUUGACAACAUCAAGGAGGCAAUGGAUGAGAAGCGAAGCGAGGUCGAGGCCUUGGAACAUCGCCGCCGGGCAGCAGAAGAAGAGUUCGAAAGGACCAAGGAAAUCACCACUACUCAGAAACUGGCCUCCGACGCUCAAAUUGAGAAGAUGGAGAAGGAAUUGGCCAAAAUGCGCGCUACGCUCAGCGAUAGUGUACAAUUGGUGGAGCAGCGCGAGAUGAAUACCAACAUUGAGUACGAACAAUUAACGCUUCGAGCAAAUGCUCUUCGGGAGGAGCUGCACACCAAUGUUGAGACGAUGCUCAACGAUGUGAUCCGCUUCAAAGUACAUGUUCAGAAGGGCCUUGAGGACUACGAGAGCUUCGUGGUUGACGAAGUGGAGCAGGAGCUUGGGGGCGAAGAAGGUCCUGAAGAGGAGCUCUGA